UAUACUCAAACUAAUUUAAAAAUGUUUUACCAUAUAUCUUUAGAACACGAAAUAUUGCUACACCCCCGAUACUUUGGUCCUCAGUUAUUGGAUACAGUAAAACAGAAGCUUUAUACAGAAGUUGAAGGAACAUGUACCGGCAAGUAAGUUAUGUUUGCACAGAUUGGUCCUCUCAGUUGUUUUAUAUCUCAUCAUUCAAUUCCUGCUGAUAUGGAGUUCUGUCCGAAUGUGAAUCCCCCGUGCUAUAAGAGUAAACAGGAAGACAAUGUAAUACAGGAAGAGGAUGUAAUUAGACUGAAGAUUGUGGGUACACGAGUUGACGCCAGCGGCAUAUUUGCCAUUGGAACAUUAAUGGAUGACUACUUGGGUCUUGUUACGCAGUAAAUGGAAUCUUACAUUUAUUAAUAUAUUUUAUAAGAAUAAUAAAAUAAAAUUUAAAUAAAACCAA